UAUGGCAGAAGUUUAUUCAUACAGAAAUCGAGAUAUUCGGUCUUGAACUUGGUACAAUUUUAACGUUUCGUUUUUAGUAAUCUAAGAAUGAAUAGCACCAUAGAGAUGCACUCGACUGUGGGCUUCCAGUUUAUCAUCCACCAAACAUUGUUUAAAUGAUAAACAUUGAGUAUAGAUCAAUCGGGCAGUAUCAGACCACAGGAAACAAUGGAUCUACAGGAGAAAGAUUGCCAAACCGGACGAGGGCCACCUCAUCACCAAUUCCACAAUGAUUAUCAGUCGGAUCCCCAUGCUUCACCUUUGACCCGUACUCUUCGAUCGCAGCAAUUAAUUGCAAAUAAGCCUAUGCUCCGCAUUGCUGUUUACUUAAUGUCAGGAGUGAUUCUUACUAUGGAAGUGGAACAUACAGCUACCACCCAAGAUAUCAUUGCUAUAAUUCAAUCUGAGAAGGAAUUGGGACUGGGAAGAAUAUCCUCACCUCUGGGACAGCCGGUCUUUGCACUUUGGCUUUGCUCCCAACAAUUGGAAGUACAACUCGGGCCAACGCAUAAGCCCCUGGAGCUGGGAGCUAGAUGGCCUCGCUUGCUAGCCAAGUAUGGAAGCGAUGAAAUUAGAGAUGAAGAGCAGCCAGUUCUGUACUAUCGUAGAAAUAUUUUUCUCGCUCGAAGCGACGAGGAGCAAGUCAAGGAGGCAAAGACUUUGGAACUGCUUUACGCUGAAGCCAGACAUAAUGUCUUGGAAGGUAGAUAUCCGUGCGAGGGCCAGGCAAGAUACGCGAGUCUUGGGGCGCUUCAAGCACGCAUAGAACUCGGACCUUACAACUCACAGAUUCACACUCUGGCAUACUUUCGCCGCCAUAAAGGCAGAUUUUUACCACAUCACUUCACGUCUCCAACUCUUUUAUUAGGAUUGGGUCUUGGCUUGGGUCUGGUAGGGGGGAAAGGGGCUCCGGAAGUACGUCUACUCGAUCAGUAUAAACGUAUACCACCGCACACAGGAACCAACGCCCAUCCGCGAAAGCUGAUAAGGAAAUACUUGGAAUUCUGUUGGGGACUUCCCUGCUAUGGCGCGACCUUCUUCCACGGACAAAUAGAGCGACCGGUUAGAGGCCUGGCAUCGUGGAUCACGCAUCGGGAUUUAAAAGUUCUUGUUGCUAUUAAUGCCCUCGGUGUCUACAUAGUGGACGACGCACAGUGCAGUCUAUUGCUGGGACUGAAGUACUCUGAACUUAGUUGGGAGAUGGCAAAACCUUCCGACGAGAGGAAUCCCGACUGUCUGCCUUGUCUUUUUCUCCAAUUUCCUGUGCGAGAGAAUGGUGCACAUGUAUUUAAAAUUCUACAAGUAUUCUCAAGACAGGCAGUUAUGAUGGAUACCCUGAUAUCUGGGUUUGUAGAAGAAGGCAGAAAAUGCAACACUCGCUGCGAUAUGGCAGGUGUUAGUCGAUCCUCUGACAUUACUAUCACAACGAAUGCCAAUUGUUUUACCAACAAACUCAGCAAAUUCACCCUGGCAACAUUCGAUGACCAAGGGCGUUGCAUCGGCCAAAUGGGUUCCUGGUCUUUUCAAUGAAGCUGUGUUAGAUGCUGGUGAUGCCUUAAGUAUGAAAUGCAGCAACAGUUCACCUCGUCACGUGUGAGAAUUUAUUGAUAGACUAAGUUUGGCAACUGACAUUAUGUUUGUAAGUAGACAUUUUCCUUUGAUAUUAUCAUGACAAGCAGCAACAAGCAUACAUAACUGCGGUAUAUACGCACAGUCACUGGAUAUUGUAAAUUAGGAAAAUAGUAUGCUUGCAGAAAAAUCAGGAGUGACGAAAAACUUCAAUUUCAAAGGGAAUUGCUUCCGAGAGUCUUACAUCAGGCUGGAAUGAGAUGUGUACUAUACCUGCACUGGACACCAGCGACGUUUGAUGUAAAUUUGUUUACAGCCAGCCAAAGGAGAGCCAUCGUAUGGCAAGCAAAUUACGUUUUAUUUAGAAAGAGCGAUAGAUGGCAGAUAAACGAGGAUCCCUUUGUAGAUUGACUAGUAGCGUUCGAUAUCGAUCCGUAGCUAAUUCUCGGUAUCGGUUCAAUUGCAUUUCGACCGUGUGCAGAUUGAAAAUAGCAUCGUUCAUUUCACUCUGAAACGAUUCUUCAUCCUCUCGGGAUAACUCUCGUUCCUGUUUGACAUGGAAAGGAAUCAUUUCAUACUAUGUAUAAGGCUCAGUAAAGAGUAUAUGAUCAUGGCACAUGUCAUUAACCGCUUCAAUUACGUAUGUGUCUCUACCACUCAAAAUUAUUUUUUCACAUCACUUUUCUCAAUAUCAUUUUAUUGCAUACCUGGGCAUGACGAGCCUGCUUUUGCAUUAAUUCCUCUUUACUUUUCUCGAAUGUUUCCAAUAUGCAAUUGGCCCGAUCAAUCAGUUUUUGUUUAAAGUCCGUCAAGCAUUGCUCUUGCACUUGAAGUGCUUCAGUCCUGCUCAGAUAUACAGGAUUACCAAGGCUAGCCAGAUAUGGGCCCAAGUAGUCCAUUUCUCUAACAACUUCGCGCUUACUUUGGGCUCUGAGUAUUUCUUCCUGUAGAGAAAUGUACAAAAGAAAAUUAAGUUAAUUUGUAAGUUUCACUAAUUUGCAUCUACUUAUUGUAAGUUAACUAAAACCUCAGAUUGUUACUUCUUCUGUGUUUGUUGAUUGUUCUGUCACACAUCUUAACGUUAUUGAAUGAAACACUUGCAUUCGACUGCUUGCUCAGAGCACCCUUCAGGAUUGAAAUGUAAAAAAAAAGAAAUAGUGCUUCGCCCUUUACGUUUAACACGACUUGAAAUAAAUUAGGUCUUGAGCAGAUGAGGACUUUUUUAACUUAUGGACUUAUCUUUUUC